CCGAACCCACGUAUGAAAAUAAUAACUGCCCAUGAACUCCCCGCCUAUAAAUAAAAACAUGCUGCAUCCUCAAAAUUUAUUGUAUUGCUCACACCAAACCCUAAUACUAUACAGGCAAAACAAUGAGAAUUUCUUCUAUGGAUGAAUGCUCUAGCAGCCAGCCAACAAGGCCUCGUUGGGCAGACGACGACGACGACAACGACGAUGACUUGAUUCUUCCCCCACGUCAGGUGAUCGGGCCUGAUCAGGAUGGUAUCAAGAAAGUUAUUGAGCAUAAGUUGAAUGAUGAGAACAAACUGGUCAGGAUCACGACCACUACUCGAGUUCGUAAAGUGGCGGAUGCAAGGCUUAGUAAGCGUGGUGUGGAGAGGAGAGCUUGGAGAAAGUUUGGACAUGCUGUUAAUGAAGAAGCUGCUGGUGCUAAAUUGACUGUGGUUUCUACUGAGGAUAUUCUUCUUGAACGACCUUUGCCUUAUGGUAGCAAAAGAGAAGAAUCAAAGCAUCAAAAUGAGAAAGAAGGUACCACUCUUAUGAUUUGCAGAAGCUGUGGAAGGAAGGGAAAUCACUGGACUGCAAUGUGUACUUACAAAGAUCUCUCCCAACCGAUUGAAAGUUUUAGUGAGCAAGAUGUAACAUCUGCAAAAGACGGUACAAAAGGAACAUAUGUUCCUCCCAGUUUGCGACGUGGGGCAGAGAGGAGCAGUGGCUCUGAUAUGAAGCGCAGGACUGAAGAAAAUUCAGUCCGAGUCACAAAUCUAUCAGAAGACACCCGCGAGGCUGACCUGAAUGAGCUCUGUCGUGCUUUUGGCCCUGUUACUCGCGCUUAUGUGGCCACUGACCACAGCACUGGUAUGUGCAGAGGUUUUGGUUUUGUUAAUUUUCUUAACAGGGAGGACGCUGAGAAAGCGAUCAAGGUACUUAACGGCUAUGGUUAUGACAACCUCAUACUCCAGGUUGAAUGGGCAGCACCUAGGACUAACCAAAUUUAGUCCAUGAUCAAAUAAUAGACUCUUUUUUUUUUUUUAAUGCUCUGUUUUUUCAAUAAAUGUCUUGGAAAUGUAUUAGAUAACAUUCUGGCCUAGUUACAACAAUUAGGAUAAUAUUUCAUCUUCCAUACAAGACCUGAUCUUGAAUGAUGUACUAUUCAUAUACGUCUCCUCAGAGUCGCAACAUUCUC